CAGCUCUGAGUCAACCGCCAAAGUCGCGAAAUUCUUCCUACAAAUACUACGUGGCCGACCCCGAACGCUUCCACUGCAGCCCAGUCGACCCGUUACAACUUCGCUAGAGUCGAGGCACAAUGACCACCAUGGAGCCUGCCGAGCGACUUGCCCUCAUCCGUGAGAACCUCGCCGAGGUCCUCAACCCCGAGAUCAUCGAGAAGAUCCUUAAUGAAGGAGGGAACCCCAAGAUCUACUGGGGUACCGCCACCACUGGUCGUCCUCACUGCGGCUACUUCGUCCCGGCCAUCAAAAUCGCCCAGCUCCUCGCUGCCGGCUGCGAUGUCACGGUGCUCCUCGCCGACAUCCACGGAUUCCUCGACAACCUCAAAGCCCCUAUUGAACUUGUCCAACACCGUGCCGAAUUCUACCGACGUACCAUAACUGGAAUCCUCCAGGCCGUCGGAGUGCCCACCGACAAGCUCAAGUUUGUGCUUGGCAGCUCCUACCAGAAGAGCCCCGAGUAUGUUAUGGAUGUCUACAAGCUGUGCUCUUUGGUCUCCGAGCACGACGCCAAGAAGGCCGGUGCCGAGGUUGUCAAGCAGACAGACAAUGCUCCUCUGAGUGGCCUGCUUUACCCUAUUCUUCAAGUUCUCGACGAGCAGUACUUGGAUGUCGAUGCUCAGUUUGGAGGUCUUGACCAGCGCAAGUUGUUUACUGCUGCCAAAGAGUGGCUACCUAAGAUUGGAUACGCGCAGCGUGCCCAUCUCCUCAACCCCAUGGUUCCUGGACUCCAGGGUGGCAAGAUGAGUGCCAGUGACCAAGACAGCAAGAUUGACUUGCUCGAAACCCCCGAGGCUGUCACCAAGAAGAUCCGGAAAGCGGCGGCGGCUCCUAAGGUAGUUGAGGAGAACGGAGUUUUGGCCUUUGUGGAAUUUGUUCUCCUCCCUGCCUCACAUCUGCGUGGAAACCGAGAAUUCCGCGUUGACCGUGAGCGCGAUGGUUUGGAACCACUGGUUUACACCACCAUUGCUCAGAUGCAUGAUGAUUACAGGAACGACGUGCUAUCACCUCAGAUCCUGAAGCCUGCAGUGGCAAAGGCUCUCAACGAGCUUAUGGCUCCGAUCCAAGAGGCCUACCAAGCUUCCACCGAAUGGCAGGAAAUUACCCUGAAGGCCUACCCGCCUCCACCUAAGAAGGAGAAGAAGGUCAAGGAUAGGGGUUCUCGAUUCCCUGGAGCGAAGGGAGAGGCGAAGCCAGGAGCUAAGGCGGAAGCCAAGCCAGAAGCCAAGCCGGAAGCCAAGCCGGAAGCGACACCGGAAGCGAAACCGGAAGCAAAUUGAUGAACAUAAGCUGGCCGUCCGAACGGAGCUUGAUAAAGAGAUUAUGUGGAGUUGUGGUAACGCGAUAAUCUGUGCAAAGAAUAGAAAGGAACAAUUUUUGAUACAGAAUAAACGGAUUGAACUCUUAUAUCCUUUGAACGCGUUGGAUUUUAUCCUUGAGAUUAUCGGUGUGAGUGCUCCCAUGUACCUAACCACACCAAACUAUUAAUCCUCCAACGCUGGAUGUGUCUUUGUUUGAUUCUGAGUAGAUAUUCUGCUACUCAUAGGGGUUUGGACUUGAUUUCUGUCUCACUUUGCUCCCAAGGCAGUGCUGGCAGUGUUUGCCUUGAGCCCCAAAAUGUCAGAGCAAUACAAAUAUCAGGUGAAGGCACUCGGAAUAGAGAAUCUACUGUACAAUCCUAAAGACAAGCAAUAAUGAUCCGCCUA